AGGACGAUGUGCUCACGGAGAAGCUGUGUCCCGACGGCAUGGCUUUCAACGACCUGAACCCGAGGAUCGAGAAAUGCGACUUCACGUUCCAGGUCGACUGCGCCGGAAGGCCUGAGCUCCAGCCGGCCCAGCCCACCGAGGUGUGCCCCCGCCAGAACGGCUACUUCCCGCACCCGGACCCGAAGACCUGCAACAAGUUCUACUACUGCGCCGCGGGUGCGGGCUCCCUCAUCACGUGCCCCGACGGCCUCGUGUUCUCCCUCAAGACCGGCAACUGCGUGUGGCCGGAUGCAGCCGGGAGGUCCGGAUGCGCCUCGACCAACCUCCUGAACUUCACGUGCCCCACCUCGGGUUUCGACAUCCAGAAGGACGCCCACCCGCGCUUCGCCGACCCCGACGACUGCCAGUACUUCUACGUGUGCAUCAACGGCAAGGACCCGCGGCGGAACGGCUGCGCGUUCGGCCAGGUCUUCAACUCCAUCACGAAGGCGUGCGACGCGCCCAAGGAAGUGCCUGAGUGCGCCGACUACUACUCGCAGUAUUUCGACGAGUACUUCCAGACGCUGUCGUCAGGCGGCCGCGUCAGCGCCGACAUCAUCGCCGCCGCCAUCGCCGCCGGCUACGACGUCCCCGACCUCAAGGACCGCGUGCGAGUAGCGACGGGCGGCUCCGGGUCUGGAUCCACCCGACGAAGGGGCCAGA